AUGAGUCCUCCGGUUUACAAGCGCCUGGAUAUCGACAACAGUCUCUUUUUGUUUAUUGAUCACCAGGGAGGUCUCAUGAGCGUCGUGCGAGACUAUGGCGUGGACGAGUUUCGCAACAAUGUUCUUGCUACGGUCGCCUUGGCAAAGUUCUUCAAGGUUCCCACUAUUCUGAGCACCUCCUUUGAUUCGGGUCCAAACGGGCCCAUCAUCCCCGAGAUCCCAGAGGCGCUCCCGGAUGCACCUCUUAUCCGUCGUCCUGGUGAGAUCAACGCUAUGGACAACCCUGAUUUCGCUCGCCUUGUCAAGGAGUCUGGGAAGAAGCAGGUCAUCAUCAGCGGUGUUGUCACCGAGGCCUGUGUUGCGUACGCCGCACUCUCUCUGGCGGAGCUCGGCUACGAAGUAUUCGUCGUAACUGACGCUUCGGGAACCCUGGCAGAGCACACCCGUGAGGCGGCUCAUAAGCGUAUGGUAGCCCAGGGCGUCCAGCUCCUAGAUUGGUUCGCCGUGGCCGGUGAGCUGCAGCGCGACUGGCGCCGCGAUGUUGAAGGGUUCGGCAACGUCAUGGCGAGCCAUAUCGCUGCUUAUCGUUACCUGAUCCAGGUCCAUGAGGCUGGAAAGGCCGUGGGCAAAUAA